CGAACGAACGCUGCCGCACACGACCGAAGCACUUACAGUUGUGGACGGCGAUUUUGGUAGCAAGCUGGGCGACUGGGCGUUGAAUCCGCCAGCGGAUGGCGUUCAGUUAGGAUGUGCAGUUCCAGCGGUGCGAACGUGUUCCGGGCGCGCCAAUUGGCCAAGUAGCCGAAAGCAGCCAAAGAGCCAACCAAUUUCAGCCGGAACGGCAACAGUUUCUCCUCGAAGACAGCGCCAAAAUAUGCCAACGCCUGAUUGAGGGCCAAAACCGCGGUCGCGCGUUUUUGUGUAAAUAAGCAGAAAACAUCAGAUCAGAAACCAAUCAACUUUGAAAUCAAAUUCAAAGUCGAGCGGAACAAAAACAUCAGCGCAUCAUUUCUCACAGAGAAAGAGAUACAGAUCCGCACAAUUUAUUUUUCGGUUUCAGCGGAAAGCACAAGUUAUUCACAAUUAUUUUACUAAAUGCCAGCGUGCGGAAUAUCUGACCAAUGAGUCGGCCAGCAGCGAACGCGUAACGCAUACGCCAUGUGAGCCGGAUCGAUGGGAUCGUGUUCCGGCCAAGCCACAAUGCCAUCCUCCUGUAAAUAGCCAGCAGCCUUUUCUACUCGCGUCUCUGUCAAAUGUGUGUCCGUGUAUCCGCCACUGUAUAUACUGUAGACUCUAAUUGUUUAAACCACAAUAAAAACCAAAAGCAACCAAAGAAUAAAUAAAUAUAAAGAGCAAAGUAAGAAAAGUAAAAAAACGCGCGCGUUUUGGCCACAGAACGCGCAGCACACACAAGUUUCGGUGCAAAAACGGGUAUAAAUAAGCGAAAUAAUAUUCGAAUGCUGUAGGAAUAGUUAAAUUAUUAGGAUUAAUCGAUUGGAAUUUCGCGCGCAAUAAGAACUAAUUAUAAACACGGGCAGCAUGGGACCAAUCAGACUCUAGAGCUAGCCACGCAUCCACAAAGUUAGUUGGACGAGCGCCGAUCACGGUCACGAUCACGAUCACGAUGGAUUAUAGCCGACUGAAUGCCAACAUCAAUACGGGCAACAUCAGCACCGAUGACUUUCUGGCCGUCUUCUCGACCGGAAAGCCGGACAAUGCCACCCUCAAUCCGCCCCUGCUCAGCGUCGAUGGUCAGCUGACCCUGCCGCAGGGAUCGGGCUAUGUCAAUGUCAACGAUACGAUAUUCUUCCUGAAUGGCAGCUUCUACAACAGCAGCCUGCAGCUGGCGGCUGGAUUCUAUAACCAAAGCAGUGCUUCCGGGGCGACAUCGGGCAAUCUGACCAAUCCGAAUCACACAGAAGUCCACUGGGACGGACGGUAUCCCAGCGGCUAUACGCUUACGCACAUCGUGAUCGCCUCCAUCAUUGUGACCAUCCUGAUGAUCAUCAUCGUGGUGGGCAACAUGCUGGUGAUCAUAGCCAUUGCCACCGAGAAGUCGCUGAAGAACAUACAGAACUGGUUCAUCGCCUCGUUGGCGGUGGCCGACUUCUUUCUUGGCCUCAUCAUCAUGCCAUUCUCGCUGGCCAAUGAGCUGAUGGGCUACUGGAUAUUCGGCAGCUGGUGGUGCGACAUCCACUCCGCGAUGGACGUCCUCCUCUGCACCGCCUCGAUCAUGAACCUGUGCCUCAUCUCGCUGGACCGCUACUGGAGCAUCACCAAGGCCGUCGACUAUCUGAAGUCCAGAACGCCGGCGCGAGCCGCCGUCAUGAUCACGGCGGUCUGGAUUAUGUCCGCCCUCAUCUGCAUCCCGCCGCUCCUCGGCUGGAAGGUGAAGAUGCCCGAAGGACCGCUGCCCAAGUGCGAGCUGAGCGAGGACAUUGGCUACGUGCUGUACUCGGCACUGGGCUCCUUCUACAUACCCAGCUGCAUCAUGGUCUUUGUGUACAUACGAAUUUACUUUGCCGCCAAGGCGCGGGCGAGGAGAGGCAUUAAAAAGCAUCCCCGCAAAACGAACAACGAACAGGUAACGAGCUUCACCACCGCCAAGAAAGGAACAAUACCGAUGCCCUCCUCGAGCGGCGUGUCCGCUCUGCAACUGCAUCAGCAGCGCCAAAUAGCCACCAUCGAGACACCACCGAACAGCGCCAGCCUGCCGAUGCAGAUACCCACGGUGACCAUGGACCUGGCCUCCGACAUAUCCACCUCGGAGGCGGGGGAACUGGAGGCGGUGGCCGCCCAAACGGUGCUUGCCUAUGCAAAUCCCAAUGGGUCUGGCACGAAUUCGGUCACCGUGGUGAGCAGCGGGAACGGGGGCACCGGGGCGUCCGGUGCUCCGCCCACCUCGCCCAAGGAGACGCUCCAGGUCAGCACGAUAGCCACCGGUCGGGUGGGUCUCAAUGUCCCCGUGCCGCCGUCCAUGGGCAGCAAUAAUUCCGUCAAUGCGUUGAACAACAACAACGGCACCGUGGCCAUGGAUGGAGGCGCCUCCUCCGCCGCCGGCGGAAAUGGGAGUGCGGGAGCGGGAGCGGGAGCGACGCCUGGUGGACUGCAGCAGACGGGCGGCAAUGAGCUGCGCGUCUCUCCGAUCGCCGGACGGUGUCGAGCCCUAUCCGUGGGCGUGGACACGGACAUGGUGAGUGAAUUCGAUCCAUCCAGCAGCGAUUCGGGCGUGGUCAGUCGCUGUGCCGUGGUCAAGCCGCUCAAGUUUCGCCUUUGCCAGCCGAUCUUCGGGCGCAAGUCGAGUAACCAGCAGCGGCGCAACGAGGCCAAAUCGGCGGCCAAGAACCAACAGCCCAGUGCAGCGGCCAGCAAAAAUCAGCAGCAACAGCAGCAGCAGCAGCAGCAGGUGGUGAAGGCGGAACUGGAGCCGGCCAUACCGAAGACACCGAAGCCCAGGGAUCCGGAGAAGGAGAAGCGUCGCAUUGCGCGGAAGAAGGAGAAGCGGGCCACCCUAAUCCUGGGCCUGAUCAUGGGCAGCUUCAUCGCCUGCUGGCUGCCAUUCUUCUUCCUGUACAUCCUGGUGCCGGCAUGUAGCAGCCAUUGCAACAUACCGGAAUCGGCGUUCGCCGUCGCCUUCUGGCUGGGCUACAUGAACUCGGCGCUCAAUCCGGCCAUCUAUACCAUCUUCAACAAGGACUUCCGACGCGCCUUCCGGCGCAUCCUGUUCAAGUGAUGUUUGGCCUAUGUGUGCUGUUACAGGUGCGUUUACGCCAGCAUCGAGAAGGCAACCGAACGUGCCAUGGGCAGCACACCGAUGGGCUAUGGUCAUGGCAUGUAUCAGCACUACAGGCGUUAGAUUUGCUUCGUUUUGGCAGUGCCGUAGGUCCCUGGAAACCGAUCCCAAUCCCAUUCCCACUCCCAUUCCCUCUCCCAGAACUGCAAAGCUAUCGACUUUCGAUGUUACCGAAAUUACCCACUAUUCAUUUACCCAUUUAAUGCCUCAGCUCAUUACGGUUUAAAUAGUUUUCAGUAAAACAAAAACAUGCUGAGUUGCCAAUUAACCCCAAAGGUUUUUAGAAACACAUUUUUACGAAUUUCAAAAGCAGUUACAAUAAUCCUUGCUAGUUGCUACAGCUAUCGAUAAUAUCGAGUAACCGAAUAAUCCAAAGUUCUGCAGUUCUAUCAGCCCCCAUAUGCUAAGUCCUUUCCAAUCUUUCUUUGAAUUUUUUGUUUGAAUAAAAAAAGUAACGAACAUUGUAGCUCAUUUCAAAAGCAAUGAACGGCUGUGAAUUUGAUGGAAUCUCUCAAUUUCAAUUUACGCAUUUUGGUUCCGUUUCGUUUGGUUUCUCGAGCACCCUUGAACCCAGAGACCCCAAUCCCGAAGGCCCAGCACACCUAGAACCCCCACAACACCCAGAACUCCCAGACCAACCGAACGAACUCACCACAGCCCACACACUUUUCACACUCGACGAGCUCAUAGAAAUGCAUGAGCUGAGCAAACAAGAAUUUGAACUGGGCAAACAGCCAUUAUGCUCCCUGAAUGGAUGUGUCCGCCAGCGACGUCUAUGGCCAUUCAACUUGAAAUAAUUUUGCAAAUUUCCAUUUGCGGCUGCAUUGCCAAUGCCACAUAUCAGUGCAGUCUGCAAAUGCUUCGAGAGUCGGGUUCAGGUAGUCCUAGAACCCCAAAGGGUCACCAGAUCCCCAAUGUGGCACGCUGGCAAUCCAAAUGGAGGUCAACAAGUGUGUACGUAGUCGAGCGAUGGCAACAAAUUAAUUUAAUUCCUUUUUAAUAUUUUGCCAAGCGCUUAUCCGCCGCUCCGAUGACGAGAAUCUAGAUGACGAGGAGUAGGGCUGCAUUUGGCCGGGGGCCAAAUCAAUAAUUCCCUGCGCACACAAAUGUAACUAAAAUCCAGCACAACGGCCGCACAAUUUGGUGUAACAAAGUGAGCACACACAGCAAUGGAAAUAGAAACAAAAACUGCACCAGCGACAGAUUCCACAAGGCAGUCGCCGUUUUAUUCAUUCACCCAAAGAUGUUUCACUCAGCGACACAGAAAGUGGGAGCCCGAAAAAAUAAACCAAAUGUGUGGGAACCAAUGCCUAAUGGGCACAGACAGAUGCAAAUGCGAAUGGUUGGCUUCUACACAAAAAAAAAGCAGUACAUUGUUUGCUUUAAAUUCAAUGCGGUACUGGAGCAAAAUAAUUAUAAAACAUGAUUGCUUUGAAACCCGCUAAUUGAGUAAAUAUUUAGGAAAUUCGAACAUGUUUUUAAACCUCAGAAACCAUUUAACUGACCUGCCGCAAUAUUGGAAACACUAGAAUGCUGUUUUGGAACUCUGAACAUUUUCCUUUCUGUGCACCUCAUUCCAUUGCACCAUUUUCCCCACCAUUUCCCACUUUAGUUGCUGGCUAUGCAUCAGCAAAUGCAUGCGCCCGGCCGAGUGGAAUAGACAGCCCGUCACCCAGUCAGUCAGUCAGUCCGUCCGUCAUUCAACCAUUCAGUCAGUCGAACGGACAGACAGUCGUCACUGGAACGCUACAAUGACACCGAGUUAGACGGGAAGAUGGUGACAGAGGAGCAGAGCAUCCAGGAUGGGGGCGGACCGACAGACUCUGUUUUUGGCAUGUGGCCCAGA